GGAAAAUCUUGGUGAUUGCUGCAUUUGGCUCCGAAAUUGAUCUGGCAUCUAAAAAAUAAAACAACUGCAAUUUAGUUUUAUGUCAAACCCGAUAUUUUUUUUUAUUCUUCUUUCUUUCUCUCUCCACAGACUCUCAUUCACAAUGUCGACAUCAGCGUUGACAACUAUUACUACCGCUCGCCCACGCAAGCCACAAGUAAUCACUCUGAAGCCUCCGUCUCCACGUUUACAUACACGUAGACACUCUCAGUCCACCGCCUCUGAGUCACUUGAGAAACAUGACCAGCCUAGUCGCUCACGGUCACUGUCCACCUCCGUUCUACCAUCACAGGAAGACGGUUCGUUUACCGAGCAAUUGCUGGCUUCUGUCAAUUCAAAAAUCCGUGAAAUUGAAGAUGCCGAUAGCACGGGCAUCCUUCGAUACGUGGAUGAUCAGGUACACGAGAAGUGGGAUACGGCCAAAGCUGCCGUGGUAGGAGCACAACGCCUUCUAUCCUUCGAUGAACUUCCUAACGAAUGGCAAGAGAACCAAUACAUUCUUACUGGCUAUCGGUUUUACCAAAGCAACAGAGCUUGCCUCAAGUCCAUUUUUGCUCUUCAUAACGAAACUAUGAAUAUCUGGAGUCAUCUUAUAGGAUUUGUCUUCUUUGCUGGAUUAGGUGUCUACGCUUUCAACAAACAGUUUCCUGAAGCAACCACCAAUGAUCGGGCUAUCACGCUCACUUUCUUCUUGGCUGCUUUAAAGUGCUUGAUCUGCUCCUCCAUCUAUCACACUUUCAUCUGCCACUCCCAACAUGCCAUCAAGAGCUUUACAGCCACACUUGACUAUAUUGGUAUAUCUAUCUUGAUCACUGCGUCCGUUCUCAUGACCGAGUACUACUCAUAUUAUUGCCGACCUGUUGCAAAGUUUCGCUACAUGAUGUUUACGGCAUUGGUUGGUUCCACUGGAAUCGUCAUGCCCAUGUUCCCAUUUUGGGACACCAAACCUUUUCGACCUGUUCGUAUUGGCGUGUUCUUGUUAAUGGCCUUUAGCUCGGCGGUACCUGUGGUCCACAUCACCUUCUUGAAUGGCCCUAGCAGCACCUGGGAAUUCUUGAAGCCUGUGUGGUACAGUGUAGCUAUGUAUCUCUUCGGUGUGGCAAUCUAUGCAAACCGCUUCCCGGAAAAGAUGUACCCAGGCCGCUUCGACUUUGCUGGUCUUCAUAGCCAUGCGAUCUGGCAUAUCUUUGUUUGUUUGGGAAUAUUCUUCCACUAUCGCGCCUCCUUGCACUUUUAUGCCCAGCGAUACACCUUUGGCUGUGCCAUGCACCUGGAUUCAUGAACGACAUAAACGAUACCAAACAUGUGGAAAAAUACUCCUAUAUUCGCUUUAAUGACUAGCUUGUCCGCAACUCCUCUGCCCCUUCGUGAGUAAGCGACCUAUGGGUCCCUAUACUAUCCCACUCCACAUCUUUCAUUUUUAGAAUCCCCACCAUUCCUAUUAUACACAUGGACACGAGCCAUAUCUAUAUCUUAUGCAGCGCGCUAAAAGAUAUAGUGUGUGUUGUAUUUCUUUCUAAUAGCAUGUUAUUGCCGUAUUUCAUGCUAUCUAUUUUACCCACUCGAUUUAAUCCUAUAAAUAAUAAAAAAUGCGACGUGCAAAAC